UAAAUGGACCGUUUAAGCUAUCUUGGCAUUUGACUUUUCUUGUCCUACUCGUUUUUUUGUUAAACAUUUGACUUACUGACAUCUUCGGUUUCAGAGGCAGCAAUUUGGGUUUGAUCUCUGCUUGAGACCACUGAAAUGAAGGAGCUUAAAUUAUUGAAAUUGCAGGAGGAAAGCAUUUUAUAUACUCCUCAGGCAUGUGUUCAACUGAACUUGUAUCAGAUUCUAAAUGGAAUCAUCUUGACACAAAUAAGGCAAUCUUCUCAAGUGUCUGCGGUUCAUUGCUUUCAUGGGCUUUUUUUCCAGCUGCUGGAAUUAACAGUGGCCUCCUAUCAUACUGGUUAUCUUGAUCUGUGUUCGCUCUUCAGCUUCUCUAUCUUUAGCAAAGAUUUCGGGGUUUGUUGUGUUCGGGUGGGUUUUUUUACCUUGUUCCGAUGAACUCAGUGUUCUGAACUAUGAGCAGUCCUUGUUGUGGGGUAACGGGUCUGAAAUCCAACUGCUGGGCUGGCUACAGCUGAGCUUUAUGAUCUUGGCGUAGGAAAUAGGUGGUGGUAGGUUUCAGGUCUUGCAGACAUUUGCCUCUUAAGAGUGGGUUUACUCCACAUUUUAAACAUUUCCAUCAUAGGUAGUUUUGUGGGGUGUGCAUAGCUAGCCUGCUUGACCUGGCUCUUAUGUGGGGCUCUUGGCAGGCUCCAUGGUCACCUGAUAAGCUUUCUGAAGGCUCAAAAUAGUCCUGUAUCAGGUCUGGUUAGAAACGAAAAAUUGCUCUUUAAAGUGAAACAUCUGCAAUUUGAGAUACACGAGGUUUUAACCCUUAAUCUGUCAUUCUUCCAUUGUGUGGCAGGUGCCCAGACCCUGCAGGCUGUUCGCUACUUGGCAUUUGGUGUUUGCACCCCAAAUCCUCCUUGGAAGAGAACUACUUAGCACCAAGUUGAACAGUGAGGUAUUCCUGCGGGAAGCUUCUGCUUUGGACAAAUUGCUGUGGUCGUGCGGAAGGAGGCACUCCCGAAAGGCUGUGUUUAAUCCUGGCUGGUCUGUGAGCAGAGGAGUGCAGGGCUGGUGGAUGCCCUUGCCGGGAGCGUAUAUCGGCUCGGUGUUAACGUAAUGGAGAGCGAGGGGUGUGUGGGGAUGGAGAAGGAAGCUGCUGUAAAUGUUCUUCCAUGUCGGGUGUUAUUUGGCGCUUUGAAUCAAUUUGAGGAAACUGUCUCGGGGCCAGCUUGUAGGCAAUGUAGCUGCCAGCUUCUCCCCCGCAGCCCCAGUAAGCAAGUUUUGCUGGUGCUUGGGGAGGAAUCCUGGUCUGUGAGGUGGCAACAAUCCACAGGACUCAAGUGCUUCUGAACCCUCCUGCAACCAAGAACAACAUGAACUCCUGGAAUGCUUCAUGUCGGUGCUUUUUCCUCCCCCCUACCCCUGUGGCAAAGCUGCCUGCUCGUCAUGUUUUAUCCUUGAAGCUGCAAAACUCCGCUCCGCAUGUGUGGUGCUGAGACCUGCAGCCCAUUUAGAAGGCUGCAAUCUAUUUGUAAGUUCAUGUUUGCUACAGGCUGAGCUGCUAAGACUUACUGCAGGCCUGGAAAUUCAAGUCUGCAAGUAAAAGAGAGGACCCUGGAGGAUUUGCUAAUGGCUGUGCUCCUUGCCCAAGCAGGGAAGCUAUUCCAGGUGGUUGUAUCCUGCACAGCUCUGCUGAGGUCUGAUCGUCUUGCAGGAGUCUGGGCUGAUGCUGCUACAAGGUCGGCACGUCGGCUCUGCCUUGGGGAGGAGGUGGGGAGAAAGGAGGCUCACACGGAGAUGAUCAGACUCUCUUCUUUAUCACAAAGGGGGGGUUCUCCCUGACCAGCACGGGGUAAAUGCAGUCAGCAUCAGCUAGAAGUAAGCAUUCAUCUUCCCAACUGGCAUCAGGCGUAGCGAUGGGGUUCUGAGCAUCCAAAAUCUGCCCUGUUGUGAAACCAGGAUAGAGCCAGGAGGAAUGAGAAGCAAACCAGGAACCUGCUUCCAACCGGAGCUGGAUCAUGGGCUUGGCACUGCCCUCCCCAUCCUCUCCCACCUGCGUGCCCGGGCAGCAGCACCCUCCUUGCUUUCCUACCUCUGUUGGGGUUUGUAUCCUGGUAACAUCACUCGUGUUAAGGUGCAGAAAGCUCCCUGCAGUCCUUCGAGCUGCUGUGAGGGCUUUAGCUCCAGGAGGCAUGAACAAAACUCACCCCCAGCGAAACGGUGAUGUAGCUACUUUUGAUUCAACAAAGUCCUUCUCUGAAGAAAGAGGUAAUGCGCGCCGCCAGCCACGCCGUGCCUGCUGGGGCUGCACACAGAGGCACGUCUGCAUCCCUGCUGUGGUACUGCUUGCCCUCGCCGGUGCUGUGGGCUUGGCACUGGCACUGGGACUCCUGCCGCAGGCACCAGUGAACCGCUUCUGUGCAGCCUCCGAUAACCAGACAGGCUUCUUGUGUGAUGACAAGGUGACCUGCAUCCUGGCCAGCCAGGUCUGUGAUAGAGUCAGCAACUGCAGGAAUGGAGAGGAUGAGCAGGAGAAACUGUGCAGUGACUUGCCCCACAGCCUUCCAGGAUUCCUGGUUUUCCGCUGCAGUAACCCUGCGUACUGGGUCUAUGCCGAUCAGAGGUGUAACGGGAUGAACGACUGUGGAGACUGCUCUGACGAGCUAGGGAGCUUGGCCGCCUGCCCCCCGUGUGGGUCAGAGUGGUGGAACUGCAGCCCUGUGCUCUACGAGUACUGCUCCUGCAUCCCCAGGAGGCUGUGCCGGGACAGCAUCCAGCACUGCCUCAGCUGGUCCGACGAGUAUAUCUGCAGGCCGUGAAGUCUUGGCACCCAGCAGCGCUGGUGGCAACAAGGUGCUUCCUGCAUCGUCACCUUUAAGCCUUGGCAUCU